UGACGUGUGACAGUCAGGACACACAAAGUCUCACUGAGCCGUCCUUGCGUAUCUCUGUUUGACUGGGAACGGAAGGCUGCGUGCCAUCCCCGACUCCACUCCACUCCUGAGGAUGGUUUCUGUGAGGCGUCCGUUGCUGUAUGGGGCUCUCCUCCUGCUGUACCUCUACCCGCUCACGCAGGGCGGUAAUGUGCUGGUCUUCCCAGGGGAACACAGCCACUGGCUGAACAUGCGCACCAUCCUAGACGAGCUGGUGGAUAGGAACCACAACGUCACGGUGCUGGUGUGCACCGCCUCCCCUUCCAUUGACUACUCCAGAUCGGAGAGGUACCACUUCCAUGUGUACGACGUGCCCUUCGACCGACAGCACCUGAAGUCCGUCAACGACCGCUUCAUAGAAUUCUGGAUGUAUGAUGCUCAGAACGCCUCCGUGCUGCAGAUCGGCCUGGAGAUCAGGGAUCUGAUGCAGAAGAUGAACGUCAUACAGCUCAGCGUCUGUGACGCCAUACUGCGGGACCAGGCACUGAUGGAGUCACUUCGACGGGUCAAGUUUGAUGUGCUCCUCGCCGAUCCAAUGCUCAUGUGUAGUGAUUUACUGGCAGAUGUCCUGGACCUGCCUCUGGUUCUGUCCAUUAGGUUCAGCUUUGGCCUAGUGCUUGAGCGACAAUGUGGACAGAUGCCGGCGCCCUCCUCUUAUGUCCCGUCCCCUCCUUUGGCAUAUACAGACCAAAUGAGUUUCUUUGAGCGGGUCCAAAAUUUCGCGAUGUAUUUCUUCAAUGAUGUCCUCAUGUAUGUGCACUGCCUAACUACCGUGAAUUCUUACUACAGUGAGAUUAAAGGGACUCCCACCACGUUCUGUGAGAUCAUGGGCAAAGCUGACAUCUGGCUGAUACGAACAUACUGGGACUUUGAGUAUCCACGACCUUUCUUGCCAAACUUCAAAUUUGUUGGAGGCCUUCACUGCAAACCUGCAAAGCCACUUCCAGCGGCCAUGGAGGAGUUUGUCCAGAGUUCUGGAGAUGACGGAAUUGUGGUAUUUUCACUGGGUUCUAUGGUGAAGAACCUAACUAAAGAGAGAGGAAACACCAUCGCUUCUGCACUGGGACAGAUACCACAGAAGGUACUGUGGAGAUACGCUGGAGUGAAACCAGAGACUCUGGCUCCCAACACAAGACUUUAUGACUGGAUUCCUCAGAAUGACUUACUGGGACAUCCAAAGACCAAAGCUUUCAUCACUCAUGGAGGUACCAAUGGACUGUAUGAAGCUAUCUACCAUGGAGUUCCUAUGGUAGGGGUCCCUCUGUUCGCCGACCAGCCGGACAACAUCAUGCACAUGAAGACCAAGGGAGCCGCUGUCAUGUUGGACUUCAAUAAGAUGACCUCCCAAGACCUGGUGGACGGACUCAACAGCGUAAUCAACGAUCCAACGUACAAAGAAAACAUGAUGCGCCUGUCCAGAAUCCACCACGACCAACCAAUGAAGCCCCUGGAUACUGCAGUGUUCUGGAUUGAGUUUGUGAUGCGCAACAAGGGGGCCAAGCACCUGAGAGUGGAGUCCCAUAACCUGAGCUGGUACCAGUACCACUGUCUGGACGUGGCAGCCGCCCUGCUGUCUGUAGUGGGUCUCAUCACUGUUGUCACUGUUAAAACAUGUACUUUCUUCCUCCGCAAGUGCUUCAGAAAGGCUAAGGCGAGGCAGAAGACUGAGUGACCUCCCUGGCAGGGAAUGAUGUGAUGUCGGGAUGUUAAUGCCCGCCCCCCCGCCCCCGACUGAUUUGAUGUUAUGUUGGUCAAUGUCACCUUGAAUACACCACCAUACCAUAAUGAUGUGAAGUUAUGUUGGUCACUGUCACCAUACCAUAAUAGUAUCUUGUGUACUGUUGACUCAAAUGUCUUCAUGUAGAUUAUCUUACAUGUAUUCAGUUGGACUCAGUAAUGAUGCCAUGUGUAAAGUGUCCUAUCGAUCUUUCAUUAUGCGUGUCUUUUCAAUUCCAUGUAAGCAGUGAUUGGUUGAAUGGUGUAUUAAAUUAUUGUGUUUUUUUACUGAAUAAAAAAACUUGCAGAGGGUUCUCUAUGUAUAUUUCUAUUUUAUACUUUUUUGGUAUAAGAUAUUAUUUCAACCCUCCACGAAGGCAACAUGAUCCAAAAUCUGGGAAAUAAAAUAAUGGUUGAUGCCCGAGAGUUGGACUAGUUUGUUGAGAGUUCA